UCACCUUCCAAACCUAUCCCUCUCCUUUCAAAAUUUUGAAGCAAAGAAGAAGAAAAAAGCAGAAACUAGGGAGAUCAUAGCCUCCUACUCUAUGCAUAACUACUCUUCCCUCCAAAAUAACAACAGAUGCUUUCCAACUGUGCCCACCUCUUUCACCCCCAACCUCUCUCAAUCCCCAAACCCCUAAUCCCACCUUUAUCUCCCAACUUUCAAUUCAAGACUCAAUCUUUUUCCCUUAAAUCUUCACCAAACCCAUAUUUCCCUCACUUGCGCGCCAAAACCCCAUCUGGGUAUUCAAGGCCUUUUCGGGGUUGUUUCUGUUCUUCAAGUUCAUCAUGCUCUUCUUCGCCGGAGGAGGAGGAUUUCGACGUGGAACUUGGCCGGCUUUUGGCCCUUUUGCCGGAGGAAAUGCGGCAGAGAUUGAAGGAGCACCCGGAACAUCAUCAGUUGAUUGAAGUCGUUAUGGAUUUGGGCCGGAAGCCGCUGGCCCGGUUUCCCUCCGGCGACUUUGUGUUGUCGGAGAAUCUGAUUACGGUUCAGGAACUUGAGCAGGCCACUUCUCAGGUGGGUGAUUUUGCUAUUGACAACCGAGCAGGCAUCAGCAGGACACUGCACCGCAUUAGUGCCAUUAGGAACCGGAAGGGUGCUAUUAUUGGACUGACUUGUCGUGUUGGUAGGGCGAUAACAGGUAGUGCUAGUUUGCUGCGAGAUUUGGUUCAAAAUGGCCUUUCUUUGUUGCUCAUUGGGCCACCUGGGGUAGGGAAAACAACAAUUAUCAGGGAAAUAGCUCGGAUGCUUGCAAAUGAUCAUAAGAAACGUGUCAUGAUUGUUGACACCUCCAAUGAGAUUGGUGGGGAUGGUGACAUACCUCAUGCAGGAAUAGGCAAUGCUCGGCGAAUGCAAGUCCCCAUCUCUGAUAUGCAACAUAAGGUCUUGAUAGAAGCUGUGGAAAAUCAUAUGCCGCAAGUGAUUGUAAUUGAUGAGAUUGGCACUAAGCUUGAAGCAAUGGCUGCGAGCACAAUUGCACAACGUGGAAUCCAGCUAGUGGCCACUGCUCAUGGAGUAACCAUCGAGAAUUUGAUAAUGAAUCCUUCAUUGGAAAUGCUUGUUGGAGGUGUACAGAGUGUGACGCUAGGAGAUGAAGAGGCCAGCCGAAGGGGGGUUCAAAAGACAGUGCUGGAAAGGAAAGGACCUGCAACAUUUAGUUGUGGGGUGGAGAUAAUUUCAAAGACCGAGUUAAGAGUUCAUCGUAGCUUAGAGACAACAGUGGAUGCUAUUCUUUCAGGCCGUUUCGCAAAUUUCGAAGUUCGCAAAAUUAACUCGCAAGGAUCAGAAGAAACUACUGAAAUUGAAAAUUUUCAUCCCACUUCCUUGGAUGAACACGAUGAUAAUGUUAUAGAAGUUUCCAAAAGUUUGAGUGAGAAAGGAUAUGGAUAUAGUGAUCUCACUCCUGAGGUCUCUCCAUACAUGCAAGUGGAUUCUGAGGAUGAAGGGAUGGAUCUUCGUUUAUUUGUUUAUGGGAUCCUAGAAGCCACUGUGAUCCAAGGGAUUAAGCAGUUGAAGAUGGAUGAGGCUGCUAUCAAGUUAACAGAUGAUAUCAGCAAGGCAGAUGCACUAUUCGGUAUGCAAUCCAAGCUCAAGAAGAAUCCUGGGAUUCAGGCGGCUGCUAAAUCUCAUGGCACACCCAUUUAUGUGACUAAGACAAGCGCACUGGUGGAAAUCAAAAAGGCACUGCGGUUGUUAUUGAAUGAUUAUUACGGUGGUUUGAAUGAUUAUGGACCAGUAGACAAGAUGCAAUCAUCUGAGAAGGCUGAUGCUCUAGAGGAGGCAAGAAUAGCCAUUGAGCAGGUGGUAAUUCCGAAAGGGGAACCUGUAGACCUUCUUCCAAGGUCACCCCACAUUAUGCCUCUCCAGAUUGACCUUAUUCGUAAGUACAAGUUAGAAGCAGAAAAAAUUGGUCAUGAGGCAGAUGUGCGUCUCCGUAUCCUUCCAUAUCAUGCGACAGUGAUUGAAGAAAAUCAUACCAGCAAAAGAACAGCUAAUGAUGAUGAUGAUGAAUUUGAUGAAGUUUCCGGUACCAAUGGUAGCACAAACGGUUCCCUUCCCACUGUGGAAAGGUUACCAUUACUUCCAGAUUAGCGAGCAGGAUGUUAUCAAUAACAGGAUUGGAGUACUGUGACUUAUUGUUCCGUACAAAAUUUAUCCGCAGUGUUACUGAUGUCCUUUAAAGAAGUUACUUGAAAGUUCAAAGUACGUCUAAAUUAGGCUGUGUAUCAUUAUUUCCCUUUAUUUUUCCUUCAUCAUCA